AUGUCUGGUGCUGCUCGCUCCUUCUGGUCCAUCUGGUACAAGCCUGAAAUUAUCCCCAUCUACGUUACCGUUGGUGGUGCCUGUGGUCUUGCUGGCUGGUACUUGACCCGUCUUGCUCGUGGCCCUGAUGUUGUCUGGGACCGCAAGAACAACCCCUACCCAUGGCAAAACAUCACCCAGGAUACUCAAGUCAAGAUGAUGACCGUCAACCAAGAAUUUGCCAAGAAGUAUUCCCGCGACCGUCUGUAA